AUCUACCGCAACACUACCCGGACCGAAGAGCGUACAUGCUUUAUCGACUCGUUCCUGAGAGGAGCCGAGAACCGCAAUGAAGGCGACGACUCCGUACCAGAUAGUCGUCUCACUGGAAACAUCUGCGACCUAAUGGUAGCGUCGACGGCAACCACGACAACAGUUCUUCAAUGGCACUUACUGCACCUGGCUUCUGAUCCCGAUGGCCUGCAGACACUGCUGCAGCAAGAGAUCGCCGCUGUGGUAGGACAUGAGCGACCUCCCUCCUGGCAAGACCGCGCACUCAUGCCUCUCACUAUGGCCACAAUAUGGGAGAUGUACCGCUGCAAGCCGCCCACCCCAUUCGGAAUUCCAAGAGAGGCCGCAGAGGACACGCAUUUUGGCAAGUACUUCAUAGCCAAGGGCAGCGUGAUUCUACCGAAUUUCUGGCUGGCUCAUAGGAACUGCAGCCAUUGGGAAAAGCCCUAUGAAUUCAACCCCAGAAGGUUUUUGAAGCCCGAUAGUUCUGCUCAGGUGACGCGACCGAAUGGACUGCUGGCCUUUUCAGUUGGAAAACGAAUGUGCGCUGGCGAGUCCAUGGGAAACUCCGAAGUGUUUCUGUACGUCACGUCGCUGCUGCAAAAGUUCCGCAUCCUCCUCGAGGAAGGCUGCAGUUUCGACAUAAAUAAGACCGGCAUUCCUGCUAGCGAAGUUGCAGGGAUAAAGCUGCGCUUUAUACCUCGUUGAUCUUUUUUUCUGCUUCGUAUGUUGUUCAUACUUCAAACCGUAAAUUGGUGUGGUUGUAUAGAGUGUGGCCUUGCAAAGUGUAGAUCAA